GCCUCCGUACCCACUGAAGCAGCUGUACCUUUCCCCCUCCACAGAGUUGAAUCACAUCACGCGCGCGGCGCUUUCCACCGCGCAGCUGGGAGCGUGCUCCAGGUUGCCAUGGCGACACAGCCGCCUGCAUAAAAGUCAUCCUCCGUGCACACAUCUCGUUAUGAGAGUCCGGAUUUUACCCGCAACAGCAACAUCAGCUGCGUCCAAUGCCUCUGAACUCCUCUGAUGACAACCGGACCAUCUCUGUCUUCACCUCCAAACUGACCCCCGCUGCUGACAUAUGUGUGGGACUGGCCAUCCUCUCCGUCGUUCUCCUCUCUGUUCUGGGCAAUGGGCUGGUUCUGGUGAUCUGCUACCGCAGGAGGAAGAAGAUGGUGGGCUCGGAGCUCCUCUGCGUCAACCUGGCCGUGGUCGACUUCCUCUGCUGCAUCUGCUUCUACCCGCUCUCCAUCCUGUCCUCCUUCCGCCACAUGUGGCUGGGAGAAGACAUCACGUGUGUGUACUACGGCCUCGGCUGCUACAUCUUCGGCCUGUGCGGCAUGUUCACCAUCGCCGCCAUCAGCAUCAUCCGCUACCUGAAGACCUGCUACAGCCUGGUGUACGCUGUGUGGCUGGAAGGAACUAACCUCCGCUUGGUGUGCUGUGCCAUCUGGUUUGUGGCUACCGUGUGGUCCAGCUUCCCUCUGUUCGGCUGGGGCGAGUAUGUCCCUGAGCCUUAUGGACUGUCCUGCACCAUCGCCUGGAGGGGUUACCAUACCUCGGUCAAGGACGCCUUCUACGUCAUCUGCUCCUUCGCCUGCUUCACGAUGGUUCCCGUCCUCCUCAUCGUGGUGUCCCAGUGUCAGAUCCUCUACAAGCUGUCCCGCUUCUCUUACUCGCUGUCUGCGAGAGGCAUCCGCAACAAUCUGAGAUCCACCGAAAAACGACUGUCAAUGAUGUUUUUCUGCAUCAGCCUGGGUUUUGUGAUUGCCUGGGCACCAUACACUGUCGUGUCCUUCCUCUUCAUAUUCCACAAGGAGAACCACUACAUGGCUCCUGAGGGCUUCGUGUUCCCCGCCCUCUUCGCCAAAAGCUCCCACGUCUACAACCCGUUCAUCUACUUCUACUUUAACAAGACUUUCCAGCAGGAGCUCCGCUGCCUGCUCCUCUCUUUCUGGCCCAAACUGGGCGGAAACCGUGUGGGCGUCCACAUCGCCACGGGCCACCAACACCCCAUCCACAUUCAGCUCCAGGAAAGACGCUGCGUGCAAAAGAAAACCUUUGAUUUGUCUAAGGACAGAACUCACAGCAAGAGCAAGAGCAAGAGCAAAGUAACGCAGCCCAACAGCAACCGUGUCCUGAGCAGGCCGGUGUACACCUGCUGGGGGUCAACGUCGAAGGAGGCCCCCAGCAACUUGGACAGUAAACGCACCAAACGCUCCCUGCCUGUCUCCAUAUGAACUCUUACCAUCACUGUUAACAUGAGGGUCUAUGA